GGUAAUAUAAUAAUGGUUUGGUUUUCACAUGCUAUGCUCUGCACCGCAGUCUUACCACCACCGACGCAACCUAACAACAGUAAACCCAAUUUCAUAAAACUCAGCUCUUCUUCUACAAACAAAAUAUACCAAAAUCCUUCCACCGGAAAGCGAAAACAUCCACAAUGCACGCUAAAACCGACUCCGAAGUCACCAGUAACGCCACUUCUUCUCCCACCAGAUCUCCCCGCCGCCCCGCCUACUACGUUCAGAGCCCUUCCAGAGACUCUCACGAUGGGGACAAGACUGCCACCUCCUUUCACUCCACUCCUGUGCUCACUAGCCCCAUGGAUUCUCCACCCCAUUCUCGCUCCUCCCUCGGCCGCCACUCCAGAGAAUCUUCCUCCACCAGAUUUUCCGGAUCCCUCAAACCUGGAUCUAGGAAGAUCUCUCCCAACGAUGUCUCUCGCGCCCCCCAUCGCAAGGGACAGAAGCCGUGGAACGACUGCGAUGCCAUCCAAGAGGAAGGUCUUCUCGAAGAUGAAGAUCAGGGAAAAUCUCUUCCUCGUCGCUGCUAUCUUCUCGCUUUCAUUUUGGGAUUUCUUCUUCUCUUCUCUUUCUUCGCUUUGGUUCUCUGGGGUGCUAGCAGGCCAAUGAAGCCUAAGAUCACUAUGAAGAGCAUUACAUUCGAGCAAUUCAGAAUCCAAGCCGGUUCCGAUUUCACAGGCGUCGCCACUGACAUGGCCUCUGUAAAUUCCACUGUGAAACUCAUAUUUCGGAACACCGGAUCAUUCUUCGGCAUCCAUGUCUCUUCAUCUCCCGUCGAUUUAACAUAUUCCGAAAUCUCAGUCGCAUCAGGAACCGUUAAAAAGUUCUAUCAGUCGCGGAAGAGUCAGAGAUCUCUCACCAUCCAUGUGAUCGGCACCAGAGUCCCACUGUACGGAAGCGGAGCAAGUCUGAGCAGCUCCACCGGAACUUCGGCGACCCCAGUGCCAUUGAAACUGAGUUUCGUGAUCAGAUCCAGAGCCUAUGUGUUGGGCCAAUUAGUGAAGCCUAAAUUCUACAGACACAUCGAUUGCCCCAUAAUUUUCGAUCCUAAGAAACUCAAUGUCCCCAUGUCGCUCAAGAAUUGCACAGUCAGUUGAAAACGAAUCGAAAUCCACAAAAUAUGUUCAGCGUUUAUUAAAAUCAGUACUUGCCAUUUUUUUGUUAGUUCUUGAGGGUGUCUAGGAGUAGCGGACUGCGAGCGCUCGAAAGAGGAAAAAGGGACGGAAACGGGGCUUCAGCUGGCUGCCCGUUUGCCCGAGUAGUGCAGUACAGGUUGGUUUCCGGGCAGCGACACGUGAAUAGACUUGGGCUUCACUAUUUAUUUAUUACCAUUUUUUGUGGCUUCAAAUGAUCUCAUUCUUUUAAUUACGGUGUGAGUGUCCGAUAAUGAUAAUAUAAGAUGUAAAAAUAAUUUCCAAUUUA